AUGUCGUAUUAUAAUAAUCAACAACAGUCGCUCCCGUUUCAACCACUUCUUUCAUCCAGAAGCUUCAGAACGGUACGCAGCCAUGUAACGCGAACAAGUAACCUUCACUGUAGCACUGCAAGGGACGAUGUUGAUGCCACCUGCAGCGAUACCACCAUGAGUUUACACCAUAGUGAUACGAAAAGUUGUACCGAUUUAGAUUGUGCCACGAUGACCUCAAGGAGGAGACAACGAUUGCCUUGCUUUGUUUGGAGCAAGAAAACUAUUCCUCAACACCCCCAAGACUGGUCCAAGUCGAGACCAGAUAGCUUCCGACAUGAUGAUACCAGCCUUCUUAAGCAAGAGGGAGACUCGUUGCCCAGUGCACGAAGGGAUGUACAACUACACUGCCAGGGACACCCAACACGGCCGCUCGUUUCCGCGCGGUCUGGGGGGAAAACGCGAACAAGGACUGUUUAUAAUAACAGUACCGUUACAUGUACAACGUGCGCCACAGGUAGGAAGUUAUCAUACCCACUAUCAGUGGAAGCACAUAAUGAUCACGCAUUGUGCACGUGCGUCCCAUGGCUCAGGUCUCUUGAGGCACUUCAUCACCACGACGUAACCCCUGAAAAGGGCUGGGAAUGCAUAUCCAUUGAACGGGACGCGUUCAACCGCUCAACAGUUAGCUCCAUUUCACCACCGUUAUCACCGUAUCUACCAGCGAAAACACAGGGGAAAAAGGGACAAAUGACAAAUUUACUCUCACCACGAAGGUUGUACGCCGCCGUCAAUAGCGCUAAAACCAAAAGCGACAGAGACGUAUUUGCAGUUAGUGCCCGACCACAUAAAACCAGUAUGGGAAGCAGUGUAAACACAGCACGGCAGUAUACAAAAUAUGUUAAAACAGCAAGAGAAGCAUCACGAAAACCACUUACUGUGCGCCAUAUCAAUGACACAAAUCCAAUAUAUACCUUCUCAAAUGAAAACAAGCAGAGGAAUAAAGAAAAUGCACUUCAGGAUACGAAGAAGCCUGAAACAAAACCAGAAAUAGAAAUCUCCACAGCAACAACGGACGGACCUACGUACAACGAAAAAAUAACAAAAUGCAGAAUGGAAUCGCCUGCACUACGAAAAACAAAAAAAGAAGCUACGACCGAAAACCAAACUCAAUGCACAAAACAGAAGGCACCAGCGACAAAAAAUACAUCUUCCAUUCAAAAAAAAUACGAACUCAGUACCACACAAAAACAACAACUGGAAAUAAAAAAAAAAGAAAAAAAGAAAAAAAAGAGUAGUAUCAACACUAAAAACCCAAUCACACAACAACAAAACACAAAGCAACGUACAUCGCUUACGCAGAACCUACAAAACAAUUCAACAUCAGAAAAGGAAUUUAACCACAUUCGAAUAAACUCAACCAAAACCAUCAUGGACGAGGCACCAUGCGCCCCGGAGGACUUCCUAGCGGAGGAAUCCCAGCAACACACUGCGAGGAGUGAAGCUGACAUUGAUGAAGAGCAGCAGCCGCAGGAGCAGCAAACCGAAGCCAUCAUGGACGAGGCACCAUGCGCCCCGGAGGACUUCAUAGCGGAGGAAUCCCAGCAACACACUGCGAGGAGUGAAGCUGACAUUGAUGAAGAGCAGCAGCCGCAGGAGCAGCAAACCGAAACCAUCAUGGACGAGGCACCAUGCGCCCCGGAGGACUUCCUAGCGGAGGAAUCCCAGCAACACACUGCGAGGAGUGAAGCUGACAUUGAUGAAGAGCAGCAGCCGCAGGAGCAGCAAACCGAAACCAUCAUGGACGAGGCACCAUGCGCCCCGGAGGACUUCCUAGCGGAGGAAUCCCAGCAACACACUGCGAGGAGUGAAGCUGACAUUGAUGAAGAGCAGCAGCCGCAGGAGCAGCAAACCGAAACCAUCAUGGACGAGGCACCAUGCGCCCCGGAGGACUUCCUAGCGGAGGAAUCCCAGCAACACACUGCGAGGAGUGAAGCUGACAUUGAUGAAGAGCAGCAGCCGCAGGAGCAGCAAACCGAAACCAUCAUGGACGAGGCACCAUGCGCCCCGGAGGACUUCCUAGCGGAGGAAUCCCAGCAACACACUGCGAGGAGUGAAGCUGACAUUGAUGAAGAGCAGCAGCCGCAGGAGCAGCAAACCGAAACCAUCAUGGACGAGGCACCAUGCGCCCCGGAGGACUUCCUAGCGGAGGAAUCCCAGCAACACACUGCGAGGAGUGAAGCUGACAUUGAUGAAGAGCAGCAGCCGCAGGAGCAGCAAACCGAAGCCAUCAUGGACGAGGCACCAUGCGCCCCGGAGGACUUCCUAGCGGAGGAAUCCCAGCAACACACUGCGAGGAGUGAAGCUGACAUUGAUGAAGAGCAGCAGCCGCAGGAGCAGCAAACCGAAGCCAUCAUGGACGAGGCAUCAUGCGCCCCGGAGGACUUCAUAGCGGAGGAAUCCCAGCAACACACUGCGAGGAGUGAAGCUGACAUUGAUGAAGAGCAGCAGCCGCAGGAGCAGCAAACCGAAGCCAUCAUGGACGAGGCACCAUGCGCCCCGGAGGACUUCCUAGCGGAGGAAUCCCAGCAACACACUGCGAGGAGUGAAGCUGACAUUGAUGAAGAGCAGCAGCCGCAGGAGCAGCAAACCGAAGCCAUCAUGGACGAGGCACCAUGCGCCCCGGAGGACUUCCUAGCGGAGGAAUCCCAGCAACACACUGCGAGGAGUGAAGCUGACAUUGAUGAAGAGCAGCAGCCGCAGGAGCAGCAAACCGAAACCAUCAUGGACGAGGCACCAUGCGCCCCGGAGGACUUCCUAGCGGAGGAAUCCCAGCAACACACUGCGAGGAGUGAAGCUGACAUUGAUGAAGAGCAGCAGCCGCAGGAGCAGCAAACCGAAACCAUCAUGGACGAGGCACCAUGCGCCCCGGAGGACUUCCUAGCGGAGGAAUCCCAGCAACACACUGCGAGGAGUGAAGCUGACAUUGAUGAAGAGCAGCAGCCGCAGGAGCAGCAAACCGAAACCAUCAUGGACGAGGCACCAUGCGCCCCGGAGGACUUCCUAGCGGAGGAAUCCCAGCAACACACUGCGAGGAGUGAAGCUGACAUUGAUGAAGAGCAGCAGCCGCAGGAGCAGCAAACCGAAACCAUCAUGGACGAGGCACCAUGCGCUCCGGAGGACUUCCUAGCGGAGGAAUCCCAGCAACACACUGCGAGGAGUGAAGCUGACAUUGAUGAAGAGCAGCAGCCGCAGGAGCAGCAAACCGAAACCAUCAUGGACGAGGCACCAUGCGCCCCGGAGGACUUCCUAGCGGAGGAAUCCCAGCAACACACUGCGAGGAGUGAAGCUGACAUUGAUGAAGAGCAGCAGCCGCAGGAGCAGCAAACCGAAACCAUCAUGGACGAGGCACCAUGCGCUCCGGAGGACUUCCUAGCGGAGGAAUCCCAGCAACACACUGCGAGGAGUGAAGCUGACAUUGAUGAAGAGCAGCAGCCGCAGGAGCAGCAAACCGAAACCAUCAUGGACGAGGCACCAUGCGCUCCGGAGGACUUCCUAGCGGAGGAAUCCCAGCAACACACUGCGAGGAGUGAAGCUGACAUUGAUGAAGAGCAGCAGCCGCAGGAGCAGCAAACCGAAACCAUCAUGGACGAGGCACCAUGCGCUCCGGAGGACUUCAUAGCGGAGGAAUCCCAGCAACACACUGCGAGGAGUGAAGCUGACAUUGAUGAAGAGCAGCAGCCGCAGGAGCAGCAAACCGAAACCAUCAUGGACGAGGCACCAUGCGCUCCGGAGGACUUCCUAGCGGAGGAAUCCCAGCAACACACUGCGAGGAGUGAAGCUGACAUUGAUGAAGAGCAGCAGCCGCAGGAGCAGCAAACCGAAACCAUCAUGGACGAGGCACCAUGCGCUCCGGAGGACUUCCUAGCGGAGGAAUCCCAGCAACACACUGCGAGGAGUGAAGCUGACAUUGACGAAGAGCAGCAGCCGCAGGAGCAGCAAACCGAAACCAUCAUGGACGAGGCACCAUGCGCCCCGGAGGACUUCCUAGCGGAGGAAUCCCAGCAACACACUGCGAGGAGUGAAGCUGACAUUGAUGAAGAGCAGCAGCCGCAGGAGCAGCAAACCGAAACCAUCAUGGACGAGGCACCAUGCGCCCCGGAGGACUUCCUAGCGGAGGAAUCCCAGCAACACACUGCGAGGAGUGAAGCUGACAUUGAUGAAGAGCAGCAGCCGCAGGAGCAGCAAACCGAAACCAUCAUGGACGAGGCACCAUGCGCCCCGGAGGACUUCCUAGCGGAGGAAUCCCAGCAACACACUGCGAGGAGUGAAGCUGACAUUGAUGAAGAGCAGCAGCCGCAGGAGCAGCAAACCGAAACCAUCAUGGACGAGGCACCAUGCGCUCCGGAGGACUUCCUAGCGGAGGAAUCCCAGCAACACACUGCGAGGAGUGAAGCUGACAUUGAUGAAGAGCAGCAGCCGCAGGAGCAGCAAACCGAAACCAUCAUGGACGAGGCACCAUGCGCUCCGGAGGACUUCCUAGCGGAGGAAUCCCAGCAACACACUGCGAGGAGUGAAGCUGACAUUGAUGAAGAGCAGCAGCCGCAGGAGCAGCAAACCGAAACCAUCAUGGACGAGGCACCAUGCGCCCCGGAGGACUUCCUAGCGGAGGAAUCCCAGCAACACACUGCGAGGAGUGAAGCUGACAUUGAUGAAGAGCAGCAGCCGCAGGAGCAGCAAACCGAAACCAUCAUGGACGAGGCACCAUGCGCCCCGGAGGACUUCCUAGCGGAGGAAUCCCAGCAACACACUGCGAGGAGUGAAGCUGACAUUGAUGAAGAGCAGCAGCCGCAGGAGCAGCAAACCGAAACCAUCAUGGACGAGGCACCAUGCGCCCCGGAGGACUUCCUAGCGGAGGAAUCCCAGCAACACACUGCGAGGAGUGAAGCUGACAUUGAUGAAGAGCAGCAGCCGCAGGAGCAGCAAACCGAAACCAUCAUGGACGAGGCACCAUGCGCCCCGGAGGACUUCCUAGCGGAGGAAUCCCAGCAACACACUGCGAGGAGUGAAGCUGACAUUGAUGAAGAGCAGCAGCCGCAGGAGCAGCAAACCGAAGCCAUCAUGGACGAGGCACCAUGCGCCCCGGAGGACUUCAUAGCGGAGGAAUCCCAGCAACACACUGCGAGGAGUGAAGCUGACAUUGAUGAAGAGCAGCAGCCGCAGGAGCAGCAAACCGAAACCAUCAUGGACGAGGCACCAUGCGCCCCGGAGGACUUCCUAGCGGAGGAAUCCCAGCAACACACUGCGAGGAGUGAAGCUGACAUUGAUGAAGAGCAGCAGCCGCAGGAGCAGCAAACCGAAACCAUCAUGGACGAGGCACCAUGCGCCCCGGAGGACUUCCUAGCGGAGGAAUCCCAGCAACACACUGCGAGAAGUGAAGCUGACAUUGAUGAAGAGCAGCAGCCGCAGGAGCAGCAAACCGAAACCAUCAUGGACGAGGCACCAUGCGCCCCGGAGGACUUCCUAGCGGAGGAAUCCCAGCAACACACUGCGAGAAGUGAAGCUGACAUUGAUGAAGAGCAGCAGCCGCAGGAGCAGCAAACCGAAACCAUCAUGGACGAGGCACCAUGCGCCCCGGAGGACUUCCUAGCGGAGGAAUCCCAGCAACACACUGCGAGGAGUGAAGCUGACAUUGAUGAAGAGCAGCAGCCGCAGGAGCAGCAAACCGAAACCAUCAUGGACGAGGCACCAUGCGCCCCGGAGGACUUCCUAGCGGAGGAAUCCCAGCAACACACUGCGAGGAGUGAAGCUGACAUUGAUGAAGAGCAGCAGCCGCAGGAGCAGCAAACCGAAACCAUCAUGGACGAGGCACCAUGCGCCCCGGAGGACUUCCUAGCGGAGGAAUCCCAGCAACACACUGCGAGAAGUGAAGCUGACAUUGAUGAAGAGCAGCAGCCGCAGGAGCAGCAAACCGAAACCAUCAUGGACGAGGCACCAUGCGCCCCGGAGGACUUCCUAGCGGAGGAAUCCCAGCAACACACUGCGAGGAGUGAAGCUGACAUUGAUGAAGAGCAGCAGCCGCAGGAGCAGCAAACCGAAACCAUCAUGGACGAGGCACCAUGCGCCCCGGAGGACUUCCUAGCGGAGGAAUCCCAGCAACACACUGCGAGGAGUGAAGCUGACAUUGAUGAAGAGCAGCAGCCGCAGGAGCAGCAAACCGAAACCAUCAUGGACGAGGCACCAUGCGCCCCGGAGGACUUCCUAGCGGAGGAAUCCCAGCAACACACUGCGAGGAGUGAAGCUGACAUUGAUGAAGAGCAGCAGCCGCAGGAGCAGCAAACCGAAACCAUCAUGGACGAGGCACCAUGCGCCCCGGAGGACUUCCUAGCGGAGGAAUCCCAGCAACACACUGCGAGGAGUGAAGCUGACAUUGAUGAAGAGCAGCAGCCGCAGGAGCAGCAAACCGAAGCCAUCAUGGACGAGGCACCAUGCGCCCCGGAGGACUUCCUAGCGGAGGAAUCCCAGCAACACACUGCGAGGAGUGAAGCUGACAUUGAUGAAGAGCAGCAGCCGCAGGAGCAGCAAACCGAAGCCAUCAUGGACGAGGCACCAUGCGCCCCGGAGGACUUCCUAGCGGAGGAAUCCCAGCAACACACUGCGAGGAGUGAAGCUGACAUUGAUGAAGAGCAGCAGCCGCAGGAGCAGCAAACCGAAACCAUCAUGGACGAGGCACCAUGCGCCCCGGAGGACUUCCUAGCGGAGGAAUCCCAGCAACACACUGCGAGGAGUGAAGCUGACAUUGAUGAAGAGCAGCAGCCGCAGGAGCAGCAAACCGAAACCAUCAUGGACGAGGCACCAUGCGCCCCGGAGGACUUCCUAGCGGAGGAAUCCCAGCAACACACUGCGAGGAGUGAAGCUGACAUUGAUGAAGAGCAGCAGCCGCAGGAGCAGCAAACCGAAGCCAUCAUGGACGAGGCACCAUGCGCCCCGGAGGACUUCCUAGCGGAGGAAUCCCAGCAACACACUGCGAGGAGUGAAGCUGACAUUGAUGAAGAGCAGCAGCCGCAGGAGCAGCAAACCGAAACCAUCAUGGACGAGGCACCAUGCGCCCCGGAGGACUUCCUAGCGGAGGAAUCCCAGCAACACACUGCGAGGAGUGAAGCUGACAUUGAUGAAGAGCAGCAGCCGCAGGAGCAGCAAACCGAAACCAUCAUGGACGAGGCACCAUGCGCCCCGGAGGACUUCCUAGCGGAGGAAUCCCAGCAACACACUGCGAGAAGUGAAGCUGACAUUGAUGAAGAGCAGCAGCCGCAGGAGCAGCAAACCGAAACCAUCAUGGACGAGGCACCAUGCGCCCCGGAGGACUUCCUAGCGGAGGAAUCCCAGCAACACACUGCGAGAAGUGAAGCUGACAUUGAUGUAGAGCAGCAGCCGCAGGAGCAGCAAACCGAAACCAUCAUGGACGAGGCACCAUGCGCCCCGGAGGACUUCCUAGCGGAGGAAUCCCAGCAACACACUGCGAGAAGUGAAGCUGACAUUGAUGAAGAGCAGCAGCCGCAGGAGCAGCAAACCGAAACCAUCAUGGACGAGGCACCAUGCGCCCCGGAGGACUUCCUAGCGGAGGAAUCCCAGCAACACACUGCGAGGAGUGAAGCUGACAUUGAUGAAGAGCAGCAGCCGCAGGAGCAGCAAACCGAAACCAUCAUGGACGAGGCACCAUGCGCCCCGGAGGACUUCCUAGCGGAGGAAUCCCAGCAACACACUGCGAGGAGUGAAGCUGACAUUGAUGAAGAGCAGCAGCCGCAGGAGCAGCAAACCGAAACCAUCAUGGACGAGGCACCAUGCGCCCCGGAGGACUUCCUAGCGGAGGAAUCCCAGCAACACACUGCGAGGAGUGAAGCUGACAUUGAUGAAGAGCAGCAGCCGCAGGAGCAGCAAACCGAAACCAUCAUGGACGAGGCACCAUGCGCUCCGGAGGACUUCCUAGCGGAGGAAUCCCAGCAACACACUGCGAGGAGUGAAGCUGACAUUGAUGAAGAGCAGCAGCCGCAGGAGCAGCAAACCGAAACCAUCAUGGACGAGGCACCAUGCGCUCCGGAGGACUUCCUAGCGGAGGAAUCCCAGCAACACACUGCGAGGAGUGAAGCUGACAUUGAUGAAGAGCAGCAGCCGCAGGAGCAGCAAACCGAAACCAUCAUGGACGAGGCACCAUGCGCCCCGGAGGACUUCCUAGCGGAGGAAUCCCAGCAACACACUGCGAGGAGUGAAGCUGACAUUGAUGAAGAGCAGCAGCCGCAGGAGCAGCAAACCGAAACCAUCAUGGACGAGGCACCAUGCGCCCCGGAGGACUUCCUAGCGGAGGAAUCCCAGCAACACACUGCGAGGAGUGAAGCUGACAUUGAUGAAGAGCAGCAGCCGCAGGAGCAGCAAACCGAAGCCAUCAUGGACGAGGCACCAUGCGCUCCGGAGGACUUCCUAGCGGAGGAAUCCCAGCAACACACUGCGAGGAGUGAAGCUGGCAUUGAUGAAGAGCAGCAGCCGCAGGAGCAGCAAACCGAAACCAUCAUGGACGAGGCACCAUGCGCCCCGGAGGACUUCCUAGCGGAGGAAUCCCAGCAACACACUGCGAGGAGUGAAGCUGACAUUGAUGAAGAGCAGCAGCCGCAGGAGCAGCAAACCGAAACCAUCAUGGACGAGGCACCAUGCGCUCCGGAGGACUUCCUAGCGGAGGAAUCCCAGCAACACACUGCGAGGAGUGAAGCUGACAUUGAUGAAGAGCAGCAGCCGCAGGAGCAGCAAACCGAAACCAUCAUGGACGAGGCACCAUGCGCCCCGGAGGACUUCCUAGCGGAGGAAUCCCAGCAACACACUGCGAGGAGUGAAGCUGACAUUGAUGAAGAGCAGCAGCCGCAGGAGCAGCAAACCGAAGCCAUCAUGGACGAGGCACCAUGCGCCCCGGAGGACUUCCUAGCGGAGGAAUCCCAGCAACACACUGCGAGGAGUGAAGCUGACAUUGAUGAAGAGCAGCAGCCGCAGGAGCAGCAAACCGAAGCCAUCAUGGACGAGGCACCAUGCGCCCCGGAGGACUUCCUAGCGGAGGAAUCCCAGCAACACACUGCGAGGAGUGAAGCUGACAUUGAUGAAGAGCAGCAGCCGCAGGAGCAGCAAACCGAAGCCAUCAUGGACGAGGCACCAUGCGCCCCGGAGGACUUCCUAGCGGAGGAAUCCCAGCAACACACUGCGAGGAGUGAAGCUGACAUUGAUGAAGAGCAGCAGCCGCAGGAGCAGCAAACCGAAACCAUCAUGGACGAGGCACCAUGCGCCCCGGAGGACUUCCUAGCGGAGGAAUCCCAGCAACACACUGCGAGGAGUGAAGCUGACAUUGAUGAAGAGCAGCAGCCGCAGGAGCAGCAAACCGAAACCAUCAUGGACGAGGCACCAUGCGCCCCGGAGGACUUCCUAGCGGAGGAAUCCCAGCAACACACUGCGAGGAGUGAAGCUGACAUUGAUGAAGAGCAGCAGCCGCAGGAGCAGCAAACCGAAACCAUCAUGGACGAGGCACCAUGCGCCCCGGAGGACUUCCUAGCGGAGGAAUCCCAGCAACACACUGCGAGGAGUGAAGCUGACAUUGAUGAAGAGCAGCAGCCGCAGGAGCAGCAAACCGAAACCAUCAUGGACGAGGCACCAUGCGCCCCGGAGGACUUCAUAGCGGAGGAAUCCCAGCAACACACUGCGAGGAGUGAAGCUGACAUUGAUGAAGAGCAGCAGCCGCAGGAGCAGCAAACCGAAGCCAUCAUGGACGAGGCACCAUGCGCCCCGGAGGACUUCAUAGCGGAGGAAUCCCAGCAACACACUGCGAGGAGUGAAGCUGACAUUGAUGAAGAGCAGCAGCCGCAGGAGCAGCAAACCGAAACCAUCAUGGACGAGGCACCAUGCGCCCCGGAGGACUUCAUAGCGGAGGAAUCCCAGCAACACACUGCGAGGAGUGAAGCUGACAUUGAUGAAGAGCAGCAGCCGCAGGAGCAGCAAACCGAAACCAUCAUGGACGAGGCACCAUGCGCCCCGGAGGACUUCCUAGCGGAGGAAUCCCAGCAACACACUGCGAGGAGUGAAGCUGACAUUGAUGAAGAGCAGCAGCCGCAGGAGCAGCAAACCGAAACCAUCAUGGACGAGGCACCAUGCGCCCCGGAGGACUUCCUAGCGGAGGAAUCCCAGCAACACACUGCGAGGAGUGAAGCUGACAUUGAUGAAGAGCAGCAGCCGCAGGAGCAGCAAACCGAAACCAUCAUGGACGAGGCACCAUGCGCCCCGGAGGACUUCCUAGCGGAGGAAUCCCAGCAACACACUGCGAGGAGUGAAGCUGACAUUGAUGAAGAGCAGCAGCCGCAGGAGCAGCAAACCGAAACCAUCAUGGACGAGGCACCAUGCGCCCCGGAGGACUUCCUAGCGGAGGAAUCCCAGCAACACACUGCGAGAAGUGAAGCUGACAUUGAUGAAGAGCAGCAGCCGCAGGAGCAGCAAACCGAAACCAUCAUGGACGAGGCACCAUGCGCCCCGGAGGACUUCCUAGCGGAGGAAUCCCAGCAACACACUGCGAGAAGUGAAGCUGACAUUGAUGUAGAGCAGCAGCCGCAGGAGCAGCAAACCGAAACCAUCAUGGACGAGGCACCAUGCGCCCCGGAGGACUUCCUAGCGGAGGAAUCCCAGCAACACACUGCGAGAAGUGAAGCUGACAUUGAUGAAGAGCAGCAGCCGCAGGAGCAGCAAACCGAAACCAUCAUGGACGAGGCACCAUGCGCCCCGGAGGACUUCCUAGCGGAGGAAUCCCAGCAACACACUGCGAGAAGUGAAGCUGACAUUGAUGAAGAGCAGCAGCCGCAGGAGCAGCAAACCGAAACCAUCAUGGACGAGGCACCAUGCGCCCCGGAGGACUUCCUAGCGGAGGAAUCCCAGCAACACACUGCGAGGAGUGAAGCUGACAUUGAUGAAGAGCAGCAGCCGCAGGAGCAGCAAACCGAAACCAUCAUGGACGAGGCACCAUGCGCCCCGGAGGACUUCCUAGCGGAGGAAUCCCAGCAACACACUGCGAGGAGUGAAGCUGACAUUGAUGAAGAGCAGCAGCCGCAGGAGCAGCAAACCGAAACCAUCAUGGACGAGGCACCAUGCGCCCCGGAGGACUUCCUAGCGGAGGAAUCCCAGCAACACACUGCGAGGAGUGAAGCUGACAUUGAUGAAGAGCAGCAGCCGCAGGAGCAGCAAACCGAAACCAUCAUGGACGAGGCACCAUGCGCCCCGGAGGACUUCAUAGCGGAGGAAUCCCAGCAACACACUGCGAGGAGUGAAGCUGACAUUGAUGAAGAGCAGCAGCCGCAGGAGCAGCAAACCGAAACCAUCAUGGACGAGGCACCAUGCGCCCCGGAGGACUUCAUAGCGGAGGAAUCCCAGCAACACACUGCGAGGAGUGAAGCUGACAUUGAUGAAGAGCAGCAGCCGCAGGAGCAGCAAACCGAAACCAUCAUGGACGAGGCACCAUGCGCCCCGGAGGACUUCCUAGCGGAGGAAUCCCAGCAACACACUGCGAGGAGUGAAGCUGACAUUGAUGAAGAGCAGCAGCCGCAGGAGCAGCAAACCGAAACCAUCAUGGACGAGGCACCAUGCGCCCCGGAGGACUUCCUAGCGGAGGAAUCCCAGCAACACACUGCGAGGAGUGAAGCUGACAUUGAUGAAGAGCAGCAGCCGCAGGAGCAGCAAACCGAAACCAUCAUGGACGAGGCACCAUGCGCUCCGGAGGACUUCCUAGCGGAGGAAUCCCAGCAACACACUGCGAGGAGUGAAGCUGACAUUGAUGAAGAGCAGCAGCCGCAGGAGCAGCAAACCGAAACCAUCAUGGACGAGGCACCAUGCGCCCCGGAGGACUUCCUAGCGGAGGAAUCCCAGCAACACACUGCGAGGAGUGAAGCUGACAUUGAUGAAGAGCAGCAGCCGCAGGAGCAGCAAACCGAAACCAUCAUGGACGAGGCACCAUGCGCCCCGGAGGACUUCCUAGCGGAGGAAUCCCAGCAACACACUGCGAGGAGUGAAGCUGACAUUGAUGAAGAGCAGCAGCCGCAGGAGCAGCAAACCGAAACCAUCAUGGACGAGGCACCAUGCGCCCCGGAGGACUUCCUAGCGGAGGAAUCCCAGCAACACACUGCGAGGAGUGAAGCUGACAUUGAUGAAGAGCAGCAGCCGCAGGAGCAGCAAACCGAAGCCAUCAUGGACGAGGCACCAUGCGCCCCGGAGGACUUCCUAGCGGAGGAAUCCCAGCAACACACUGCGAGGAGUGAAGCUGACAUUGAUGAAGAGCAGCAGCCGCAGGAGCAGCAAACCGAAGCCAUCAUGGACGAGGCACCAUGCGCCCCGGAGGACUUCCUAGCGGAGGAAUCCCAGCAACACACUGCGAGGAGUGAAGCUGACAUUGAUGAAGAGCAGCAGCCGCAGGAGCAGCAAACCGAAGCCAUCAUGGACGAGGCACCAUGCGCCCCGGAGGACUUCCUAGCGGAGGAAUCCCAGCAACACACUGCGAGAAGUGAAGCUGACAUUGAUGAAGAGCAGCAGCCGCAGGAGCAGCAAACCGAAACCAUCAUGGACGAGGCACCAUGCGCCCCGGAGGACUUCCUAGCGGAGGAAUCCCAGCAACACACUGCGAGAAGUGAAGCUGACAUUGAUGAAGAGCAGCAGCCGCAGGAGCAGCAAACCGAAACCAUCAUGGACGAGGCACCAUGCGCCCCGGAGGACUUCCUAGCGGAGGAAUCCCAGCAACACACUGCGAGGAGUGAAGCUGACAUUGAUGAAGAGCAGCAGCCGCAGGAGCAGCAAACCGAAACCAUCAUGGACGAGGCACCAUGCGCCCCGGAGGACUUCCUAGCGGAGGAAUCCCAGCAACACACUGCGAGAAGUGAAGCUGACAUUGAUGAAGAGCAGCAGCCGCAGGAGCAGCAAACCGAAACCAUCAUGGACGAGGCACCAUGCGCCCCGGAGGACUUCCUAGCGGAGGAAUCCCAGCAACACACUGCGAGAAGUGAAGCUGACAUUGAUGAAGAGCAGCAGCCGCAGGAGCAGCAAACCGAAACCAUCAUGGACGAGGCACCAUGCGCCCCGGAGGACUUCCUAGCGGAGGAAUCCCAGCAACACACUGCGAGGAGUGAAGCUGACAUUGAUGAAGAGCAGCAGCCGCAGGAGCAGCAAACCGAAACCAUCAUGGACGAGGCACCAUGCGCCCCGGAGGACUUCCUAGCGGAGGAAUCCCAGCAACACACUGCGAGGAGUGAAGCUGACAUUGAUGAAGAGCAGCAGCCGCAGGAGCAGCAAACCGAAACCAUCAUGGACGAGGCACCAUGCGCCCCGGAGGACUUCCUAGCGGAGGAAUCCCAGCAACACACUGCGAGAAGUGAAGCUGACAUUGAUGAAGAGCAGCAGCCGCAGGAGCAGCAAACCGAAACCAUCAUGGACGAGGCACCAUGCGCCCCGGAGGACUUCCUAGCGGAGGAAUCCCAGCAACACACUGCGAGGAGUGAAGCUGACAUUGAUGAAGAGCAGCAGCCGCAGGAGCAGCAAACCGAAACCAUCAUGGACGAGGCACCAUGCGCCCCGGAGGACUUCCUAGCGGAGGAAUCCCAGCAACACACUGCGAGGAGUGAAGCUGACAUUGAUGAAGAGCAGCAGCCGCAGGAGCAGCAAACCGAACCCAUCAUGGACGAGGCACCAUGCGCCCCGGAGGACUUCCUAGCGGAGGAAUCCCAGCAACACACUGCGAGGAGUGAAGCUGACAUUGAUGAAGAGCAGCAGCCGCAGGAGCAGCAAACCGAAGCCAUCAUGGACGAGGCACCAUGCGCCCCGGAGGACUUCCUAGCGGAGGAAUCCCAGCAACACACUGCGAGGAGUGAAGCUGACAUUGAUGAAGAGCAGCAGCCGCAGGAGCAGCAAACCGAAGCCAUCAUGGACGAGGCACCAUGCGCCCCGGAGGACUUCCUAGCGGAGGAAUCCCAGCAACACACUGCGAGGAGUGAAGCUGACAUUGAUGAAGAGCAGCAGCCGCAGGAGCAGCAAACCGAAGCCAUCAUGGACGAGGCACCAUGCGCCCCGGAGGACUUCCUAGCGGAGGAAUCCCAGCAACACACUGCGAGGAGUGAAGCUGACAUUGAUGAAGAGCAGCAGCCGCAGGAGCAGCAAACCGAAACCAUCAUGGACGAGGCACCAUGCGCCCCGGAGGACUUCCUAGCGGAGGAAUCCCAGCAACACACUGCGAGGAGUGAAGCUGACAUUGAUGAAGAGCAGCAGCCGCAGGAGCAGCAAACCGAAACCAUCAUGGACGAGGCACCAUGCGCCCCGGAGGACUUCCUAGCGGAGGAAUCCCAGCAACACACUGCGAGGAGUGAAGCUGACAUUGAUGAAGAGCAGCAGCCGCAGGAGCAGCAAACCGAAACCAUCAUGGACGAGGCACCAUGCGCCCCGGAGGACUUCCUAGCGGAGGAAUCCCAGCAACACACUGCGAGGAGUGAAGCUGACAUUGAUGAAGAGCAGCAGCCGCAGGAGCAGCAAACCGAAGCCAUCAUGGACGAGGCACCAUGCGCCCCGGAGGACUUCAUAGCGGAGGAAUCCCAGCAACACACUGCGAGGAGUGAAGCUGACAUUGAUGAAGAGCAGCAGCCGCAGGAGCAGCAAACCGAAACCAUCAUGGACGAGGCACCAUGCGCCCCGGAGGACUUCCUAGCGGAGGAAUCCCAGCAACACACUGCGAGGAGUGAAGCUGACAUUGAUGAAGAGCAGCAGCCGCAGGAGCAGCAAACCGAAACCAUCAUGGACGAGGCACCAUGCGCCCCGGAGGACUUCCUAGCGGAGGAAUCCCAGCAACACACUGCGAGAAGUGAAGCUGACAUUGAUGUAGAGCAGCAGCCGCAGGAGCAGCAAACCGAAACCAUCAUGGACGAGGCACCAUGCGCCCCGGAGGACUUCCUAGCGGAGGAAUCCCAGCAACACACUGCGAGAAGUGAAGCUGACAUUGAUGAAGAGCAGCAGCCGCAGGAGCAGCAAACCGAAACCAUCAUGGACGAGGCACCAUGCGCCCCGGAGGACUUCCUAGCGGAGGAAUCCCAGCAACACACUGCGAGGAGUGAAGCUGACAUUGAUGAAGAGCAGCAGCCGCAGGAGCAGCAAACCGAAACCAUCAUGGACGAGGCACCAUGCGCCCCGGAGGACUUCCUAGCGGAGGAAUCCCAGCAACACACUGCGAGAAGUGAAGCUGACAUUGAUGAAGAGCAGCAGCCGCAGGAGCAGCAAACCGAAACCAUCAUGGACGAGGCACCAUGCGCCCCGGAGGACUUCCUAGCGGAGGAAUCCCAGCAACACACUGCGAGGAGUGAAGCUGACAUUGAUGAAGAGCAGCAGCCGCAGGAGCAGCAAACCGAAACCAUCAUGGACGAGGCACCAUGCGCCCCGGAGGACUUCCUAGCGGAGGAAUCCCAGCAACACACUGCGAGGAGUGAAGCUGACAUUGAUGAAGAGCAGCAGCCGCAGGAGCAGCAAACCGAAACCAUCAUGGACGAGGCACCAUGCGCCCCGGAGGACUUCCUAGCGGAGGAAUCCCAGCAACACACUGCGAGGAGUGAAGCUGACAUUGAUGAAGAGCAGCAGCCGCAGGAGCAGCAAACCGAAACCAUCAUGGACGAGGCACCAUGCGCCCCGGAGGACUUCCUAGCGGAGGAAUCCCAGCAACACACUGCGAGGAGUGAAGCUGACAUUGAUGAAGAGCAGCAGCCGCAGGAGCAGCAAACCGAAACCAUCAUGGACGAGGCACCAUGCGCCCCGGAGGACUUCCUAGCGGAGGAAUCCCAGCAACACACUGCGAGGAGUGAAGCUGACAUUGAUGAAGAGCAGCAGCCGCAGGAGCAGCAAACCGAAGCCAUCAUGGACGAGGCACCAUGCGCCCCGGAGGACUUCCUAGCGGAGGAAUCCCAGCAACACACUGCGAGGAGUGAAGCUGACAUUGAUGAAGAGCAGCAGCCGCAGGAGCAGCAAACCGAAGCCAUCAUGGACGAGGCACCAUGCGCCCCGGAGGACUUCCUAGCGGAGGAAUCCCAGCAACACACUGCGAGGAGUGAAGCUGACAUUGAUGAAGAGCAGCAGCCGCAGGAGCAGCAAACCGAAGCCAUCAUGGACGAGGCACCAUGCGCCCCGGAGGACUUCAUAGCGGAGGAAUCCCAGCAACACACUGCGAGGAGUGAAGCUGACAUUGAUGAAGAGCAGCAGCCGCAGGAGCAGCAAACCGAAACCAUCAUGGACGAGGCACCAUGCGCCCCGGAGGACUUCAUAGCGGAGGAAUCCCAGCAACACACUGCGAGGAGUGAAGCUGACAUUGAUGAAGAGCAGCAGCCGCAGGAGCAGCAAACCGAAACCAUCAUGGACGAGGCACCAUGCGCCCCGGAGGACUUCCUAGCGGAGGAAUCCCAGCAACACACUGCGAGAAGUGAAGCUGACAUUGAUGAAGAGCAGCAGCCGCAGGAGCAGCAAACCGAAACCAUCAUGGACGAGGCACCAUGCGCCCCGGAGGACUUCCUAGCGGAGGAAUCCCAGCAACACACUGCGAGGAGUGAAGCUGACAUUGAUGAAGAGCAGCAGCCGCAGGAGCAGCAAACCGAAACCAUCAUGGACGAGGCACCAUGCGCCCCGGAGGACUUCCUAGCGGAGGAAUCCCAGCAACACACUGCGAGAAGUGAAGCUGACAUUGAUGAAGAGCAGCAGCCGCAGGAGCAGCAAACCGAAACCAUCAUGGACGAGGCACCAUGCGCCCCGGAGGACUUCCUAGCGGAGGAAUCCCAGCAACACACUGCGAGGAGUGAAGCUGACAUUGAUGAAGAGCAGCAGCCGCAGGAGCAGCAAACCGAAACCAUCAUGGACGAGGCACCAUGCGCUCCGGAGGACUUCCUAGCGGAGGAAUCCCAGCAACACACUGCGAGGAGUGAAGCUGACAUUGAUGAAGAGCAGCAGCCGCAGGAGCAGCAAACCGAAACCAUCAUGGACGAGGCACCAUGCGCCCCGGAGGACUUCCUAGCGGAGGAAUCCCAGCAACACACUGCGAGGAGUGAAGCUGACAUUGAUGAAGAGCAGCAGCCGCAGGAGCAGCAAACCGAAACCAUCAUGGACGAGGCACCAUGCGCCCCGGAGGACUUCCUAGCGGAGGAAUCCCAGCAACACACUGCGAGGAGUGAAGCUGACAUUGAUGAAGAGCAGCAGCCGCAGGAGCAGCAAACCGAAACCAUCAUGGACGAGGCACCAUGCGCUCCGGAGGACUUCCUAGCGGAGGAAUCCCAGCAACACACUGCGAGGAGUGAAGCUGACAUUGAUGAAGAGCAGCAGCCGCAGGAGCAGCAAACCGAAACCAUCAUGGACGAGGCACCAUGCGCUCCGGAGGACUUCCUAGCGGAGGAAUCCCAGCAACACACUGCGAGGAGUGAAGCUGACAUUGAUGAAGAGCAGCAGCCGCAGGAGCAGCAAACCGAAACCAUCAUGGACGAGGCACCAUGCGCUCCGGAGGACUUCCUAGCGGAGGAAUCCCAGCAACACACUGCGAGGAGUGAAGCUGACAUUGAUGAAGAGCAGCAGCCGCAGGAGCAGCAAACCGAAACCAUCAUGGACGAGGCACCAUGCGCCCCGGAGGACUUCCUAGCGGAGGAAUCCCAGCAACACACUGCGAGGAGUGAAGCUGACAUUGAUGAAGAGCAGCAGCCGCAGGAGCAGCAAACCGAAACCAUCAUGGACGAGGCACCAUGCGCCCCGGAGGACUUCAUAGCGGAGGAAUCCCAGCAACACACUGCGAGGAGUGAAGCUGACAUUGAUGAAGAGCAGCAGCCGCAGGAGCAGCAAACCGAAACCAUCAUGGACGAGGCACCAUGCGCCCCGGAGGACUUCAUAGCGGAGGAAUCCCAGCAACACACUGCGAGGAGUGAAGCUGACAUUGAUGAAGAGCAGCAGCCGCAGGAGCAGCAAACCGAAACCAUCAUGGACGAGGCACCAUGCGCCCCGGAGGACUUCAUAGCGGAGGAAUCCCAGCAACACACUGCGAGGAGUGAAGCUGACAUUGAUGAAGAGCAGCAGCCGCAGGAGCAGCAAACCGAAACCAUCAUGGACGAGGCACCAUGCGCCCCGGAGGACUUCAUAGCGGAGGAAUCCCAGCAACACACUGCGAGGAGUGAAGCUGACAUUGAUGAAGAGCAGCAGCCGCAGGAGCAGCAAACCGAAACCAUCAUGGACGAGGCACCAUGCGCCCCGGAGGACUUCAUAGCGGAGGAAUCCCAGCAACACACUGCGAGGAGUGAAGCUGACAUUGAUGAAGAGCAGCAGCCGCAGGAGCAGCAAACCGAAGCCAUCAUGGACGAGGCACCAUGCGCUCCGGAGGACUUCAUAGCGGAGGAAUCCCAGCAACACACUGCGAGGAGUGAAGCUGACAUUGAUGAAGAGCAGCAGCCGCAGGAGCAGCAAACCGAAGCCAUCAUGGACGAGGCACCAUGCGCCCCGGAGGACUUCCUAGCGGAGGAAUCCCAGCAACACACUGCGAGGAGUGAAGCUGACAUUGAUGAAGAGCAGCAGCCGCAGGAGCAGCAAACCGAAACCAUCAUGGACGAGGCACCAUGCGCCCCGGAGGACUUCCUAGCGGAGGAAUCCCAGCAACACACUGCGAGGAGUGAAGCUGACAUUGAUGAAGAGCAGCAGCCGCAGGAGCAGCAAACCGAAACCAUCAUGGACGAGGCACCAUGCGCCCCGGAGGACUUCAUAGCGGAGGAAUCCCAGCAACACACUGCGAGGAGUGAAGCUGACAUUGAUGAAGAGCAGCAGCCGCAGGAGCAGCAAACCGAAACCAUCAUGGACGAGGCACCAUGCGCCCCGGAGGACUUCCUAGCGGAGGAAUCCCAGCAACACACUGCGAGGAGUGAAGCUGACAUUGAUGAAGAGCAGCAGCCGCAGGAGCAGCAAACCGAAACCAUCAUGGACGAGGCACCAUGCGCCCCGGAGGACUUCCUAGCGGAGGAAUCCCAGCAACACACUGCGAGGAGUGAAGCUGACAUUGAUGAAGAGCAGCAGCCGCAGGAGCAGCAAACCGAAACCAUCAUGGACGAGGCACCAUGCGCUCCGGAGGACUUCCUAGCGGAGGAAUCCCAGCAACACACUGCGAGGAGUGAAGCUGACAUUGAUGAAGAGCAGCAGCCGCAGGAGCAGCAAACCGAAACCAUCAUGGACGAGGCACCAUGCGCCCCGGAGGACUUCCUAGCGGAGGAAUCCCAGCAACACACUGCGAGGAGUGAAGCUGACAUUGAUGAAGAGCAGCAGCCGCAGGAGCAGCAAACCGAAGCCAUCAUGGACGAGGCACCAUGCGCCCCGGAGGACUUCCUAGCGGAGGAAUCCCAGCAACACACUGCGAGGAGUGAAGCUGACAUUGAUGAAGAGCAGCAGCCGCAGGAGCAGCAAACCGAAGCCAUCAUGGACGAGGCACCAUGCGCCCCGGAGGACUUCCUAGCGGAGGAAUCCCAGCAACACACUGCGAGGAGUGAAGCUGACAUUGAUGAAGAGCAGCAGCCGCAGGAGCAGCAAACCGAAACCAUCAUGGACGAGGCACCAUGCGCUCCGGAGGACUUCCUAGCGGAGGAAUCCCAGCAACACACUGCGAGGAGUGAAGCUGACAUUGAUGAAGAGCAGCAGCCGCAGGAGCAGCAAACCGAAGCCAUCAUGGACGAGGCACCAUGCGCCCCGGAGGACUUCCUAGCGGAGGAAUCCCAGCAACACACUGCGAGGAGUGAAGCUGACAUUGAUGAAGAGCAGCAGCCGCAGGAGCAGCAAACCGAAACCAUCAUGGACGAGGCACCAUGCGCCCCGGAGGACUUCCUAGCGGAGGAAUCCCAGCAACACACUGCGAGGAGUGAAGCUGACAUUGAUGAAGAGCAGCAGCCGCAGGAGCAGCAAACCGAAACCAUCAUGGACGAGGCACCAUGCGCCCCGGAGGACUUCAUAGCGGAGGAAUCCCAGCAACACACUGCGAGGAGUGAAGCUGACAUUGAUGAAGAGCAGCAGCCGCAGGAGCAGCAAACCGAAACCAUCAUGGACGAGGCACCAUGCGCCCCGGAGGACUUCAUAGCGGAGGAAUCCCAGCAACACACUGCGAGGAGUGAAGCUGACAUUGAUGAAGAGCAGCAGCCGCAGGAGCAGCAAACCGAAACCAUCAUGGACGAGGCACCAUGCGCCCCGGAGGACUUCCUAGCGGAGGAAUCCCAGCAACACACUGCGAGGAGUGAAGCUGACAUUGAUGAAGAGCAGCAGCCGCAGGAGCAGCAAACCGAAACCAUCAUGGACGAGGCACCAUGCGCCCCGGAGGACUUCCUAGCGGAGGAAUCCCAGCAACACACUGCGAGGAGUGAAGCUGACAUUGAUGAAGAGCAGCAGCCGCAGGAGCAGCAAACCGAAACCAUCAUGGACGAGGCACCAUGCGCUCCGGAGGACUUCCUAGCGGAGGAAUCCCAGCAACACACUGCGAGGAGUGAAGCUGACAUUGAUGAAGAGCAGCAGCCGCAGGAGCAGCAAACCGAAACCAUCAUGGACGAGGCACCAUGCGCUCCGGAGGACUUCCUAGCGGAGGAAUCCCAGCAACACACUGCGAGGAGUGAAGCUGACAUUGAUGAAGAGCAGCAGCCGCAGGAGCAGCAAACCGAAACCAUCAUGGACGAGGCACCAUGCGCUCCGGAGGACUUCCUAGCGGAGGAAUCCCAGCAACACACUGCGAGGAGUGAAGCUGACAUUGAUGAUGAGCUAGGUAAGAUUGUGAAUCUGUUUAUAGUGGAAGAGAAGUGUAGAAGGAGUAUUAUUGAAGAUACUGAGUUUUGUAUGCGUAAUAUUUUCUCCGACGUUUUUAAUUUCUUAGUUGAAACUUUUUAUUUAGAAAGUGAUAUGGUGGUUUCAUCUCUGGGUUCUAAGAGUGAGUCUCCAUGCCUCCAUGUUGCUAGUGAUUUGUUUGUUUUUUCUAAUGGAGUGAAAUCUUUUUUGCCCUCUGACUUUCCUGAUUUUGACAAUGGUGGUUUUUGCUUUUAUUCUGAGUCUUUUGAUGUUUCUUCUUGUAAUGUAUGUUUUGGCAAUCCUUUGGAUGAUGCUGACUAUUCUCGUGGGGGUUCAAUGGGGAUGCGCGGUGAUGCUGUUGAUGGUGAAGUGUGCGUUGAUGAGGUAUCUAUGGAUACCAUGGUUUAUUGUGAUUCUGUAUGCACCGUUAAUGUUGAAGAGGAAGGAGGGGUUGGAGAGGAUGCGGUCCCUUUUUGUCGGCAACCCGUUCCUGUAAUGUUGCAAAAGUCGAAAAAGAGGGUCCAUGGUGGUCAGUUGGGUAGGGAUUCUGAUGAUGAAGAUGCCGCUGAAUCUUAUCAUGGAUGGUGGACCUUUCUUUCUGUUCCAUUCUUCAAAACACACCGUAGGUAA